GAGAUCAGGGCCAGACUAGCUGAGACAGGUGCGUUUCCCGACCUCACCAAGGGAAAGUUGCUGCAGGGGUUAUUAAAAGCAGCUGGGCAAACGGGAGGGACCACUUGCGUUUAUUAGUGGAGGGGGGUUAGAAUGAUUAGGUAGGACAGCACCCCCGCUUGGAGACGUGUGCGCCAUGAAGAGGGCUUUGUUAGGCGUUUUGGUCCCACUGCUGGCUCUCGGGGGAGACCCCUCUGCGAAGACGGGGGAGGGGGGUGAAUUGUGCCGCAACUGGCUGUACGGGACGGAGCCGCCAUCGGUGGGGGUCUUUCAAUGCGUGGAGCAACGCGACGGGGCGGGCGCCCAGUUCCGCUGCGGGACUUGCAACUGUGGCUCCUUGGAGGAGGCUCUCGCCGAAGGGCGGCUGCGGCCGUCCGCCAGAAAGCUGCCUGCGAUCCUUGAGGGCGAAGGAGAGUUCAGGCAGGCUUCGGCUCCUAUGCCGGACUCGGUGUGCACCGUUUGGGGCAUCGCUUUAGCCCUUAUUUUUAUUGCGCUUUGCUACUGGGUUUACAAAUGUUGGAUUCAGAGCCAGCCCCGUAGUGAACGGCAGAUGAUUUAUCUGGAUGAUUAUUUCCCUACGACGCGCUCAGUCAUUGACUUCUUCUGUCGCUGUGGUGCCUGCUUGAGAAGAGCUCCACCAUCAUCUGGGCCUGAGCGCCUUCAGGACAAUUCUCCCGCACUGGACCAUACACCUGCUGUGCCAUUGCAUCGUGAGAGCUCUGGGGACAAGGCGAUCAUCUUGCCUCCAGCAUCUUCUCCAGUUGGGACAGCUUCUGGUCACAUUUCGCAGCCAAGCUUGGAGAAUGGAUCUUGAUCCAUCCAGUGAUGCAACAAGGCAUUAUCCUCUAAAUAGCUAAGCAAGGUGGCUUAAGCACCACUCCAAGCUAGUCACAGCAUACUUUUAGGAUCAAGUAAAUGAACUAACCAUGUAUAAUGAUUAUUUUAAUAAUGUACAUCAAAUGUAGCCAUAAUAGUGGUGCCCUCCUGACUACAAGUCCCAUCACCCCUGAUGCAUUUGGCCAUGCUGACUGGGCCUGAUGGCAGUUCAGCAGCAACAUUUGGAGGGCAUCACACUGUCCACACCUGAUUUAUACUGAAUCUGACUGUUCUUUUACAUGUAGUGCUUCCUUGAUUCUUAGUGCUGUCAACCUUUUAAAAACAAGACACUGGCAUGUUGUCAUUGAGUAUUUGCUGGACCCCUACUCACCCACCCCUCAAAUUCAUGCUGUAGGUUACAGGCAGCUCCUUGGGGACAAAAUGUUUCCCAAUGGAUUGUUAUACUUAAGAGAAGGAUGGCUUUAACCAGAGGGGGUAUUUUCAAUUCUUUUCACUCUGGCAACAGAAGGCUAAAACCAAGUUGCCUGGACUUGGUCAUGCUGCACAGUCUUUCACAUGCCCCGGGACUGAACUGCAGACUAUUAAAUGCUUUCCCCUUCAGUUGGAAAUGUACAAUGAAUACAACUCCACCCCUCCCUUCUCUAAUUCUGGUAGGUCUAUCUCUGAAUUCAAGGUUUAUAUGGGAUGAUGUGUGUUGUGCCCCAAACUGGGAAGGGGGGAAGAGGGUGCUCAUUUUAUAACUUGGUAGGGAGACCACUGACCAGGCAAAGCCCAAAGGCAGCCCCUAAAAUGAACGCUGCAAACCCUUGGCAGAGAAGACAUGACAAAGUAUUGUUCAGCUGCCACAUGAAACAGUAUUUCUCAGUAAUUCUCCUAGAGGAAUGUGCUUUAGGGCAGCUCAUCUAUGUACUAUUCUCUCUCUGUGUGUGACAGUUCCUACUGAAGAAUUAUUGUCUACCACCUAUUGGCACAAGCCAAGGACAUCUCUCAUAGGGCCAAUAUCCCACACGGUACACCCAAGGCCUUUUAAAACAUGAUGAUUGUAUGACCAGUUCUGUGCAUUAUCCAUAAAGGGGCAAAACAGGUGAGCAUUGUUGGGUGUCUCCUGAAACAAUUGCUUCCGGGAUGCAUGGAGCUGUUUUCGUCGCACAGACACUUGUCAAAUGUAUAUUUCCGAAUGUAUGCACCAAAUCACCAAUAAAAAUGCAUGUAGUAUUUUUA